UUUUCGCAGCUAUGGAACAAACCGUAGCUGGUGGAGUUCGAGAAGCGUAUCCAGUCUCGGAGGACUUUCGGCCAGAAGAUCUAGAUGACGAUGAGAGUGAAGAGGAGAGUGUGGAGGAGGAAGAGUCAGAUGAAACGAAUGAAGCGGCUACUUCAGAGGAGGAAGACGACGAACCAAAGCUACGCUACGACCGCAUGACGUCAGGUUUAACAGAUAUUUUGAAGAAAGACGCGGCCAGCUGUUUGGCCGCUCACGCCAAGUUUCUUGCACUGGGGACCCAUUGGGGUGUGGUCCACGUGCUCGACCAUCAAGGCAACAAAAUACAGGACAGGGAGUUUCCGUCGCAUACGACGACAGUGAACGAAAUUAGCAUCGAUGGUAAUGGGGACUACAUCGCUAGUUGUUCGGAUGACGGAGUUGUUUCCAUCAACGGUCUGUACUCGUCUGAGCUCAACAACAAGUGUUGUCAUGACUUUCCUGUUCGUGCUGUGGCUUUGGAUCCUCAGUAUGGUCGUAGACGAGAUCGCCAGUUUGCUGUAGGAGGAGGAGACAAACUGAUACUGUAUGAAAGACGGAUGUUUCGGACAAAGCCAACGAUCAUUCACGAAGGAGAAGGACCAGUAAGAAUGGUCAAAUGGAGAGGACAUUUUAUAGCUUGGGCUAAUGAUUUGGGCGUUAAGGUGUAUGACUGUAUUAGUCGGGUACGUAUCAGCUAUGUGAGUAGAGAAGACAGCGCCCCUCGUCCGGACAUCUAUCGAUGUUACUUGUGCUGGAAGGACGACUCGACACUGUUGAUCGGUUGGGCUAACAUGGUUAAGAUUUGUUGUAUUAGGGAACGGCCACAGAAUGAUAUUCGGGACUUACCACGUAAAUACGUUGAGAUCAGUCACAAUGUCCAGUUGGACUUUUUUGUCGCGGGUAUAUGUCCACUCAAGGAAAAUCUGGCACUGCUGUCGUACGUUGGUCCCGAUCAGAACAACGAGAAAGGAAGAGCUCAACGUCCACAGUUGCGUGUCAUUUCACCUUAUCCUAAAACUGGUCCAUUGGAGGUGGCAGCCGAUGCUCUCUCGAUUCGUGGAUUUGAGGAAUAUAGAUGCAAUGAUUAUCACUUAGAACAUGUUGAAGGUGAGAAUCUUAUGCUUGUAGUCAGUCCGAAGGAUAUUGUUGUGGCAAAGCCUCGUGACAUGGACGACCAUCUGGAUUUCCUUGUUGAACGUGGAAGGUACGAAGAAGCUCUCUUGCAAGCCGAGUUGAACGAAAAGCAGUUGAAUCGUCAUUCGCCAGAAGUAUUGGGUCACCAAUAUUUGAAGUUUCUCAUAAAUUCGGAUCAGUAUGUGAAAGCUGCUUCGAUUUGUGAGAAAGUUAUUGGUUCUGAUGGUGCAAAAUGGGAAAACACUAUCUAUUUAUUUGCAGAAAAGGGACAACUUGAAGCCAUUGCUCCUUACAUACCUCGUCAACGUCUUCACCUAUCACAAACUGUCUAUGAAAUGGUUCUAAACGACUUUCUCAACCAUCGACCUGCUAAGUUUCUGCAGCUUCUGAAAGAUUGGCCGAGCAAUCUGUACAACACCAGUGUAAUUGAAAAGGCCGUUCAGGCAAAACUGGAUGAAAACUACGACAGUAGAGUGCUUCACGAGGCUCAAGCUCAACUGUACAUCUAUGGAAAACGAUAUAAGGAUGCUCUACGCAAGUAUCUAAGGCUUGGUCAUGAAGACGUCUUUGAGCUUAUUGAUACUCACAAUCUAUUCGACUCGAUUCAAGAAAGCAUUGUAAUGCUAAUGGACAUGCACGAGAAACGGACAGUUGACAUGUUGUUAGCUAACUUGGACAAGAUUCACGUUGCUGAAGUUGUCGAGCAAUUGAAAGAGCGUCCAAAGCUAAAGCACACGUACCUCCACGCACUGUUCACCAAGAACCCUCGCUUAAGCGAAGAUUUCCACGCAGAUCAAGUCGAGCUGUACGCAGAAUACGACAGGAAGGGUCUCCUCCACUUUCUCCGUUCCAGCAACUCGUACCCACUGGAAAAGGCACAAAAAAUAUGUGUCCAACGUGAUUUUCACGAGGAACAAGUGUAUCUCCUCGGCAGAAUGGGGAAUCUAAAGCAAGCCUUACGUCUCAUCAUCACAAAGCUUGGUAAAGUAGAGAAAGCUAUCGACUUUGCCACAGAACACAACGACGAAGAACUAUGGGAAGAUCUCAUAACAUACUCAGUCGACAAACCACCCUUUAUCACCGGCCUUCUGUGUAGUAUAGGAACUCACAUCAAUCCGAUCGGAUUGAUUUCGCGAAUUCCUGAAGGUCUUCAAAUUCCCGGCCUGCGAGACUCACUUAUCAAGAUCCUCCAUGACUACAACCUAGAGAGUUCCCUCCGUGAGGGUUUCAAGAAGAUCCUUGUUAGCGACAGUGCAUCACUGAUGGAUAGACUUAAUAAAAUUCAGCGUCGUGGAGCUUACAUCGGUUCGAGAGCAGUCUGCUGCGCAUGCCGAGAGAGAGUAGUCUUCGCAGAUAGUCGUAAAGCAAGAAGCUUGGUAGUUUACCACAACAGAACUGUAUAUCAUGAAGAUUGUCUGCCAUCCGCCGAUGAGGUGCUCUCUCAGAAGCUGCUCUCUCAGAAGCUGCUCUCUCAGAAGCUGCACCUGCGGGCAACCGAGGCACGAAAACAAUGAAACAACAAAGUAGUAUAUGUAUUUCUUUAUUUUGAUUGACACAGCUUAGUCACGUUUGUAUUGUACUGAGGGGCUGCAAUUAUCUUAUUCUAUAUGUUAUGUACGGGGUUUGUACUUGUAGACUGCUGAGAGAAUGUAUUGCAUUAUGAGUGAUUGGUCA